GGCAACGGACGGGGAGAGCGGUGCGUCAAACCCGCCUCGUACGUAUUUACUGUGAGUAUUAUUAUUGACAACAAUCACCCAUCCCCCCCUACUAACAACCCCCCCCGUAAUACUCGUUAUUGUCCGCCGUUCCCCAUGUCUAUUUCGUUGCUUCGCUGCUUUGCCUAUUAUUAUCCUCGUAUAGGCCUCGGUUCGGUCCUGCUCCCGUCUUGAAAAAAAGUCGACAUCGAUCGCAUCCAACAGUACGUAGAGAAGAGCGAGAAGAGACGGUGUGGUCAGUCUACGCUCCCACCAGAAAGCGUUCUACACCAAACUCAACGCUCGCGGCCUCUGCUCGGGUUCACCAACACAGCAGAGCAGAGCUGCUCGUUCGGCUCUAAAGGACUUCCGACAGUGUACACAUCUAAAUUCACAUACAAAGUCACAUAUACCUGCGAGCCAGAGGCCUCUGUACAUAUUCCCACACCAUGCCAGCACGAACCACCACCGCAACAGCCCUGAGGUUGCUGGCCACCUCCACUAUUCUCCUCUGCUUCCUCGCCACGCCGGUCGCAAGUCAAACUACGUCGAAUCCACCACAAGGAGAUUGCUUCAGUUUUCCCACGCCACCACAAGUUGUCAGUACCGCGUUGAUUUCGAGUCCCAAUGCUUCCGUUAGAGCUUGUGCUCUGCAGUGUUUGGCGCUGACGCCGCCAAGGGAUAGGACCGCUUUAUCUGCCAGGAGUUUAGCCACGGGGACUACUAUUUCGUGCGCAUGUUUCCAAUCCGACCAACAACCGGCCUCCUCCGUCCCACCCACCGGCACAUGCGGGCUCACCUGCACGCAAGACAACCUAAUAUGCGGCAGCAACCGCGCACCCAACGCGUUUGUAGUCUACGUAUCAACCGAUGCAACCGCCGUAGUUAGAAACGCCGUCUCCGCCGCGACACCCAUCCCAGGCCGACCAACACUGACACCAUCGACAGGCAACCCCGGCGGAGUUGACGGCAAACAGAACGCCAAAAUCGCACCACCGGCCCCGGACAGCCCCAACUCGGUCGCGAUCGUUGCGGGUGUUGGAUUGAGUUUGUUGGUGGUUGGGGUGGGGAUGGCGUACUAUUUCUACAGGAAGAAGAUUUUGAGGAAGGGUUCAAGGCAGGAUCCGGAGGAUAUGACUGUGCCGGUGGGGACGGUGUCGAGGCCGGAUGGUGGGGAUUAUUUGCCGAGUACGUUUGUGAGGACUUCGGAUGGACAGCCGCAGUCGACUCUUCCUCCACAAGUCUCGAUCGUGAACAUCCCAGGAGACGGUCAACGAAAGGAAGAGAAGAGUGCAUCGAAACCUCUGGCGGCAUCUCAAACAUCGCAGAUUCUGCAGGUGCAAAACAAAGCACCCACAAAUGCUCAAGAUUUACGGGCGCCAAGGAUGGAACAACCACCACAGAUGCAACCCACCAAACCUUCAACCACCCAACCCUCCCGCAUAAACAAACCGCCACAAAUCACCGACUCCUUCCUCUACGUAGCCGAAGCCCCCCUCCUUAGCAACCCCGCCUUUCGAGGUCCUCUAGGAGGCCCAACCAACACCGGCCCCAAAAAACCACCAACAAACGAACCCCUCAAAAUCGCCGCCGAAUUCUCCUCCCGUGCCCUCGGCCCCGCCGCAAUCGCACCUUCCGCAGAACCCAACCUGCAACGCGCGCGGCAGAUGGGCGUGCCGAUCUUGCAGAGUCCGCCCAAUGCUAAGACGUAUAGGAAGGUAGACAGCCCGACUUCUGACCCGGAACACGAGCCGGAUGUGCUGGCCCCGCCGGUCCGAACCGUGUCGAUGCCGCAGAAGGCGACAACGGCCCCGGGGCCGAUGGCGGUUAGGACGAAUAUCGUGCAGAUUGCGCCGAGGGUUGAUGUUUCGGUGCUCUCAUCCACGCCCGUGAAAUCGGAACCGUCGCAGAUUUCCUUCUCCUCCCAGGCGCCGAAAGCUUUGCUGCCGUCACCCCCCGUGGCCGUCAAUCAGGGACCGAUGAUAAGCCCGAGCGGGUCCAGUCUACUUUCCGACGCAGAAAAGUACUUCUUCCGAUUUUCAGGGCUCCAGUCCUACGAAACCACCAACAGCCCCGGCCCACCCAACCGCGCUUACACCCCCUCUGCGUCCGGCUCAGACGCACCCGACGCAAUCCGCAAAUCCUCACUGGUGACGCCCAACAAGGCGCUCUCCCACGUCUCAUCCUCAGCGUCCCGGCCCUCCUCCCGCUCCUCCACAAAAUCCGUCCGCUUCGACAUGCCCCCACCCCCCGUCCGCGCCCCACGAGCCAUCUCAGCGCGUCAAUCCUCGCUCGUCAAUUUCCGUACCUCGGAGAAUAAAGUAUUUCGAUCCUCAUCGUUGAAGGAGGUGAUCACCGACGUCGAUAUCACCGGGUCACCGGAGAAAGGGGACACUCCGCCGAUGAGGAAUGGGAGCAAGCUUCGCAGCGAGAUCACACCGGACUCGCCAUCCACCGCCGCCGAUACAUCCUCAAACACGCAACAACAGCAAAUCGACUCGCUGAUGUUGGAGCUCUCCCACAUCGCGGACGCGUUGUUGUCGGGGAACUCGAUGCAGUCGCCUGCGAUCAGGGAUUUGACGCUCGCGCCGGAGAGGGACGUGAGCUCCCCGAAAUUGUUGACGGGGAUGACGGAUCUGUAUGAAGAUUUGAAUCGGGCGGUUGAGGUGGGUUGGGAGGUGAAAACGGAGGUAGCGGAUAGGUCGGAGGGUGCUGAGCUAAAGCUCCCUGGCGGAUCGACUCCAGUCAAGUCUCCUGCCAACCGGGACUUGCCCCUUUCACCCGAAACCCGCACACCAAGCCCGGAAAUCCUACCAUCCACAACCGACCUGUACAAAAACCUCACUUUCGAGACCCAGAACAUUAGCCCCGCCUCUGAGCGUGUGGAAGAGCAAGAGGAGGACGAGGAGGAGGAGCAAAAAGAGCAAACACCCGUCGACCGCGCACUCGACCUCCCCUCAGCCGACCCGAAACACCUGACAUCCAUGACGGAUCUGUACGGGGGGUUUUCGGCGUUCGGGACUAUUGACCGGGUCACCAAAGCACGGAGGGGAAGUGAGGCGAGUAGCGAUGAUGGGGGCUGGGGAUUUGAGUCUGCCGAUGCGUUUGACCGUCAGCCGGAGGAGCAGGUUCAGGAGCAGGAAGAGGAAAAGGAACGGCUGACAAGCGUUGGGAGCGCUGAUAAUCGGUGGGAAGCUGACUCUCAGACGCGUGAGGAGCAGGCGGAGGAAAUCGUAAACGAAAGGCCUGCAAGCGUUGUGAGCGCCGACGACCGCUGGGACGCCGGAAUCAUGUCGAAUCAAAACAUGUUCGCCCCCGACGUGAAACACUCUACAUUCAUGUCGGAGCUCACAUCCAUGUCGGAUCUGUACGGCGGGGUUGCCGAACCCGAGUUUGAAAACGAAUCCGAUGAUGAAGAUAUCGCACCGGACGAACCCACCCCGACCACCACCGCCGUCCCACACACGGCCUCACUCCGCCUUUCCACAGCUUCAUUCGCGCCCAAUAACGAAGAUUCGCAAGACCUGAAACGACUCAUCUCCGUAUCAGAAUUCUACGGCGCGUACGACGAACACGACCAACCCCGCCGUCGCGGCAGUGUCGAGUCGGAUGGGGAUAGCGAGGUCCGGUCGUUUGUUGACGAGGAAGAUGAUGAUGAUGACCGGGUUCCGGUAGACGAACCGACGUGGGAGGUGCAGCAGCCCAGAAGGGAGGAUCCUCUGCGCAGCAUUGCCGAAGAGGCGGUCAUCGUCGUCGACGAAGACCCGGACAACGACACCGACCAAACACCCACUCCACCGACCUACGCCCCCACAACUUCCCCAACGACCUCCCUACCCCUGACAUCCGCCCAACCCCGCGCACCCUCCUUCACCCCCGAAGAACUCGCCCUCCUCCAAAACCUCCCGUUACCCCCCGACAUCAUGUCCGACCCCGAGUCACCGACACCCACCGACCGCCACUCGAUCAUGAGCGUCAUGCCGGAUUUGCCGGCAAGGAUCCCGAGGGCGGAGGUGGCGAUGUCGCGGCAGUUUAUGUCGCCGUCGCCGUUGUCGUCGCCGUCGCCUAGGAGUGCUGUGGUGCUUGAUGUGAGGGAGGAGGUGGAGAAGGAGGGCUUGGAGGAGAAGAGGUUGGAGUUUGGGGAGGAUAUAUGCUGAAAGUUGAAAUGCGUAUGUAAAAUAGCUGGCCUGUUUUAGAUCUCCCUUUCCCCUAUUAGACAUACAUUGUUUUGGCUCGACCUGUUGGGACAAUUUCGGCGUAGCUUCAUUGAGAUAAUACAAAGAGACAGUGUUAAGGACCUCAG